CUUGUUGAAAGGUUCCUUAUGGAUGGAUACCAGCAUCAGCAGCUGUCAACUUUUGCAUUAACGUUGCACAGGUAUCGCACAAAACUUGAAGACAAGGAUAUCUUGGUAGACUUUUGGGAUACAGCUGGACAGGAAAGAUUCCAGACAAUGCACCCUUCUUACUACCACCAAGCCCAUGCAGCUAUUUUAGUAUUUGAUGGCACCCGAAAAGUUACUUACAAGAAUCUUCCUAACUGGUACAAGGAAUUGAGGCAGCAUCGACCAGAGAUUCCUUGUUUCUGUGCAGUAAACAAGAUAGAUGAAAAUGAAGAAAUAGCAGGCAAGAGUUUUGCCUUUCCAGAAAAGAAUAAUAUACCCAUGUACUAUGUAUCUGCUUCCAAUGGAACUAAUGUGGUGAAGCUUUUCAAAGAUGCCAUAAAUGCAGCGUUUCAAUAUAAAAAGAAUCCUACAGACUUCACAGACCAAGUUAUGGAAGAACUUGAAAUGGAUAUGGAUUUAUGAAAUGGAUUAAUUGUUUAGCACUUACGUCAUUCGUUAGUAGUCGAUGCAUGGGCUCAAAUCGAAGGACUCACCUGUAAGCCAUGUUAUAAUUUUUGGUCCAAAUCACAAACAAGAAAGUUCCAUAAACUGAAAUAGUAACACUUAAUUUACACAGUUUGAAUAUCAUAUGAAAUAUGCUAUUUGUGAUGCUUAUUAGAUUGUAGUUUUUAAUGGGAAUGGAUGUAAUGGAUGUUGUAUCCUAGAAUAGUUAUUUAAGUUUUGCUUAUAGUAUGUGUAUCUGAACAAUUAGCAUUUUUUAUUCCUUGCUUUAUUAUGUACUGUAUUGGUAGACUUGAGUGUAAAAGCUAUUUACUCUCAAAUGAACAAAGAGCAUAUCUCACAAGAGUGAAUGUGGUGCUGUAAAUUUUAAUGUGUUCACAUUUAGAAUGAUAAUAGUAAUACAGUAAUGAUAAUAAUAAUAAAUAGAAUAAAACAAGAUUAGUUUAGAAGGACUAGAGAAGACUCAGAAUAUAUAUUUUAUCUAGUAUGAACACUGUGGAUUCCUAGUACUCAUUAAUAAGGCACUAGUUAUUGUGUCAAAGUAAACUUUAUGUAAUUUGUUUUACAUAGAAAUUGAAGUUCAUGGUUUAAUCCAGUUGUAUUCUUCUCAAUCACAAAGAUAAAAUAUUUGGAUGUACUCCACAAGGAAAACAAAGGGAAACCAGAGAGGAAAAAAGGAAAUACAGUUCCUAAUUUGUAAUUUUUUUUCCUCUCUGGUUUCUCCUUAAACUGUUUACCAUUGUGGAGUGCAUCGAGAUAUGCUAUUUAAUAUUUAACACAGGUAGGUUUCAGUUUAUUUUUGGUUAGAGCUAUGUAUUCGCUUAUGAAAAACAGUAAUUAUUCUGCAAUUUGCUUCUUUAUUUUAUUUUUAUUAUUAUUUUUUAAUUUAUAUAUAUGUAUAUUAUUAUAUUUUUAUUUUUGGUGAAGUGAUGGGUAGAUAUGUUGUAAAUUUGCAUUUUUACCUUACUUUUGCUUUUGUCUGUGUAUUUUGUGCUACAGGUAUAAUUUUCCUUAAUGCAAUUGUUGCCAUCCGUAGGGUAGGUUGUUUUAUAUUAAUUUUUUUUAUUGUAUUAUAUUUUUAUUUGAUGUAAUUGUACCUUAGUUUAAUAUUUAGUUUUUGAUGUGUUUCAUGUUUCCAAUUUUGAUCAUUUUCCAGCAUAUAGUGAUAAAAAUUGAGAUGGUUUGGAGAAUUGAUGAGAAGGAGAUGAAGCAGUAGGUGUGGAAGUAGCAAGGAGACCUAUAGGAAGGCCCAGGAAAUCAUGGAAAAAAUGGAUUGAUGACAACGGAGACCUAGUGAGAUUUCAGUCAGAAAUAGCACAGGCAGAGGAGAUUGAAAAGAACUCUCUCUCUCUCUUUUAUGAAAUGGGCAGUCAUUUUCAUGUAAUUGUGCAUACAUAUAAGUAUGGUUGUGAUCAAUUCUGUAUCAGUCACUGACAUUUCUUUUAGUUUCUAGUUUAUUACAUAUUUUUCUAUGGAAAUAGUUUUUAAAGUGUAAUUGUGCAUGCAUAUUUAUGCCAAAUAUAAGGGCUGUAUAGUAGGUAGGAGUUUCUUUUAUGAUUAAUUUUAUAGUAUUUUUUGAGUGGCUUAGAAUGGGAUCAUUAUGUGGUCCUAAUGAUCUGUUUUUGAGAAACCUCACUCAAUCAUAUUGCAGUUGCUGGUACCUAUAUGAUUAACAAGUUUUUGUGUCAUAAAGACAUUAUUUUAAGCAGAAAUAUUAAUAUAUCUCUGCAUGUUUUAUGAAACAAAGUUUUACUUCUAAAUGUUAGUUUAAGUAAGAAAAUUCAAUUCCUGCAAAAUGGCAGAAUUUCAAACAUGAGAUAUGUAAAACUUUGUGGUUAUUAACUUAUGUUUACUUAAGAGCUAUUUAUCACACAAACUAAAUUCAGGAGGUUCAUACACUUUAAGAAGAUUACAGUGGAGAUGAAAUUAUUAAGUUAAUACAGUAAUAGUGAGAAAUCAGCAUUUAUUUUUUAUCUGGAGUUGUUUCUAGUCAGAAUACAAUAAUAGUGAGAAAUCGGCAUUUACUUUUUAUCUGGAGUUGUUUCUAGUCAGA